CGACCCCGGUGCCACGACAGUCAACACGUGCGCGCACUCUCCAUCCAACUCAACAGAGGCCGAGCACGAGCGCAAAAAUGUGGCGGAGGACCUUCACCACCGUCGGCGACGGCGCCUCCUCACGCGCCCUCCUCAAGGACAAGCGCUGGGACGCGCUCGUCAUCGGCGGCGGCCACAACGGCCUCACCGCCGCCGCCUACCUCGCCCGCGGCGGCCUCUCCGUCGCCGUCCUCGAGCGUCGCCACGUCAUUGGGGGCGCCGCGGUGACGGAGGAGCUCGUCCCUGGCUUCAAAUUCUCCCGCUGCAGCUACCUCCAGAGCCUUCUCCGACCUUCUGUCAUCAAGGAACUGGAGUUGGGAAGGCACGGGCUGAAGCUACUGAAGAGGAGUCCGUCGUCGUUCACCCCCUGUCUCGACGGGCGGUACUUGUUGCUAGGGCCUGACAAGGAGCUUAAUCGCGCGGAGAUUUCAAAGUUCUCGAAACGCGACGCUGAUGCUUAUCCAAGAUAUGAAAAUCAACUAGAGAACUUCUGCAAAUUCAUGGAUCCCCUUUUUGAUUCACCUCCUCCAGAAACUUCCCAUGAGAAAGCCUCUUUCAGUGACACGCUUAAAGAUAGGUCUCGCAGAUCAGUCUUUUGGGCUCAUUGCCUACGGCGAGCUCUUGACCUGGGGCAAAAUGAGAUGGUGAAUUUUAUGGAACUUUUACUCUCGCCAGCUUCAAAGGUUUUGAAUAAAUGGUUUGAGGCUGACGUUCUGAAGGCAACCCUUGCAACAGAUGCUGUCAUAGGGACAACGGGGAGUGUUCAUACACCAGGGAGUGGAUAUGUACUGCUGCAUCAUGUUAUGGGUGGAACAGAUGGUGCUCAGGGGAUUUGGUCGCAUGUAGAAGGCGGGAUGGGUGCGGUGUCCUUGGCCAUUGGUAAUGCUGCAAGGGAAGCUGGUGCUCAAAUCAUAACAAAUGCAGAGGUUUCUCGGCUGAUGCUUGAAGAGCAUGGAAGAACGAAGGGAGUGCUGCUGGCUGAUGGUUCAGAGGUGCACUCUUCCCUUGUUUUAUCAAAUGCAACUCCUUAUAAGACCUUCAUGGAAUUAGUGCCUGAAGAUGUUCUUCCUGAUGAAUUUCUCCGGUCUGUCAAAUUUGCUGAUUACACCUCUGGAGCCACAAAAAUAAAUCUUGCUGUUGACAGAUUGCCUUCCUUUCAAUCAUGCAAGUUGAGUUAUCCUCAUGCAGGUCCUCAGCAUGUGGGAACAAUUCAUAUUGGUUCUGAGAGUAUGGAAGAAAUUGACUCAGCUUGCCAAGAUGCUGUCAAUGGAGUGCCAUCAAGAAGACCAAUUAUUGAGAUGACCAUACCGUCUGUUCUCGACAAGACUAUAGCACCUCCUGGUAAGCAUGUGAUCAACUUAUUUAUCCAAUACACACCCUAUAAACCAUCAGAUGGCAGCUGGAUGGAUCCUGUUUACCGGAAAUCCUUUGCAGACAGAUGUUUUUCUUUGAUUGAUGAGUAUUGCCCUGGUUUCAGCUCAUCAGUCAUUGGCUAUGAUAUGCUGACUCCACCUGAUCUUGAAAGAGAAAUUGGUCUGACAGGAGGGAAUAUUUUCCACGGUGCCAUGGGUUUGGAUUCUCUCUUCCUCAUGCGGCCAGUAAAGGGAUGGUCGAACUAUAGGACGCCAGUUCAAGGGCUGUACCUGUGUGGAAGUGGUGCACACCCCGGUGGCGGCGUGAUGGGUGCACCUGGACGCAAUGCUGCCCAGAUUGUUCUUCAAGAUUUCAAGAGAUCUUCCAGUUAAAUUGAGACCAUCGGUUUGUUUUUCCUUUGGGGGAGUUAUGUAGUCUUUUCGUGAUAUUCAAUAUUCUCUUGCUAUGGAUACAGUAAAAAUUUUCUUCUAAUUUAUAUUUCUGGGCACUUGUUAAAAUCAGCUAAAAAUUUUCAAUCAAAAAAAUGUACAAAUUUUUUUU